ACCAUUGUCUAGCCAGAAGGAUGUUUUGCUCACACGAGGCUUAGGCUGACCUGGGUUUUAGCUCAGCUAGCUGUGAUUAUAGCGGGUGACCUGGUUUCAGCACCACGGGUUGUUAACAGCUCCUGUUCUAACAGAAGGGAGAUUCAACCCCGCCCAGCCGGAUGCAUCUGACAAACAGCGGGUACCCUGACUGACUGAAGGCUGUUCAGCCUUCCACUCACUUUCAGCACCGCCUGCCGGACCCGCGCAGAGCUAUACCCUUAACGCACAGCGCCUGUUCCACCGUCAUAACAACACUGUAGCACACACACUACUAAUACACUAACAGAAGAGUUCAGGCGACCUGCUGGGGAUCAUCUUCUGGACGAGAUGGGGUUUUCUUUCAGGAUGGCGUCAACAUGCCAUGGCCUUUUCCUUCUCGUGUCUUUGAUGGGGUUGAGCCAGAUUGCAGCCUUUCCCACACCUGCAGACUCAGUGGACGGUGAGUUGGAUAAAACCGUUUACAACAGACAACUGACGGAAGAAAAACCACUCCAAGUACAGAUUGCUGAGGCAGACAGUGUGAAGGAGAACGUCCAGUCAGCAGAGCCCAACCCUGUAGCUUUCCCCAAAGAUUUGGAGCAGGAUGGGGAUGACUUUGCUGUACUCAAAUCCCUGGCUGUCGGUCAGAAGACCGCCGAUGCGGUCAGGGCCUCUAAGGCGGAACAGCACCUCCGCGACGACUCGGACUCCACUAAGAGCCGGCGUCUGGCGGUGGACUACGACUCCACCAAGACCGGGAUGGAGUACCCAGAUGACCCUGAGAGUUUCCGCCAGGUGGACGGCACCCCGCUGACAGCGGAGGACAUCGUGCAGAAGAUCGCCACCAAGAUCUAUGAGGAGCAUGACAGAGGCGUGUUCGACCGGAUCGUCUCCAAACUGCUCAAGCUGGGGCUGAUCACUGAGAGCCAGGCCGAGACCCUAGAGUACCAGGUGGCCGAGACCUUGCAGGAUCUCAUCACCAAGAACGCCAAGAACAACGAGAUUGAGGACCUUGAAGGAGACUACCCAGCGGCCAAAGGAGAGCUGACGGACCAGAGCCAGGCAACGGACGAGUCCAUCCGGCGGAGCUACAACGUGGACCGACAGGGUGACGACACGGAGGUGGCGAGCGACAAGGACGAGGAAGACCCGGAGCCCGGGGACGAGGAGCUGGGGGGAGACGCGGCGGCGGCGGCGGCGGGGGACAGCUGGGAGCGGGAGGAGGAGGAGCGGGGGGAGGAGGGGGAUGGCAACGAGGUGAGGCCGGAGGACGGCCUACAGGACCUGCAGUACUUCCCCAACUUCUACCGCCUGCUGAAGAGCCUGGACUCAGACCAGGACGCCCAGGAGAGGGAGACGCUGAUCACCAUCAUGAAGACGCUCAUCGACUUUGUGAAGAUGAUGGUGAAGUACGGCACCAUCACGCCCGAGGAGGGAGUCUCCUACCUGGAGAACCUGGAUGCCAUGAUUGCCCUGCAGACGAAGAACAAGCUAGGCAAGGCUCUGGGCAAUCCGGACUUCGCCGCGCUCGCUGGCCAGCUCCCGGACGACGAUGACAACACCAAGCAGGAGGCAGCCAGGAUGAUGAAGGAGUAUGAGAACCUGAAGGACUCAACCAAAGGGGAGCAGCCACCCACUGAGAUCAGCCAGCCUGGGAAGUCAGAGACGUACCUGGAGGCCAUCCGCAAGAACAUCGAAUGGCUGAAGAAACACAACAAGGAGGAAGGCAACGAAGACUACGACCUGUCCAAGCUGAAGGACUUCAUGGACCAGCAGGUGGAUGACUACAUCGACAAGGGCAUCAUCGCAAAGGAAGAAGGAGAGACCAUAAAGAGAAUUUACAGUAGUCUGUAACUGCAUCUCCCCCCCGCCUCGGCACACACACACAAACACACACGCGCGUGCGUGCGCACACACACAGCCUCCCUCUACCCGUCACCCUAGCAAGCCUCUGAGAUGAAUAGGCCCGAAUAGCUUGAGUAUCAGUAAUUUGUUCCAGCCUUUCCAGUGACAAUUAGUAUAUUUUACCUUGAUCCUUUUGUUUUUGAAUUAAAAAUGCUCAAAAAUAUUUAUAUGCCUAUGGGUUUCCUUCAAAUUAAUCAAUAUGAGGAACGCAAUACUAUUUAAAUGAUUAUCAGCGACAUAACAGAUAAUGAUUUUCAUUAAUAAGGUUGAUUAAUCCGUAACCUUAUGGCCUAGAAAUUGAAAGAAAUUAUUUUGUCACCCUUUCACAUGUCCAAGCACCAGAGAUAGACCCAUGGAAGGAUUUAAUUGAUUAUUGGUAUGCUGUAGCUUUCUCAUAACAAUUUUUUGCAAUACAUUUUUGACUAAAAACGGGAAAGGGUAUUACAUUUAUUUUUCCUGUCUUAGAAUUGUCUUUUUGCUUUCCAGUGUAUAUGUACAAUCUUAAUAUAUUCUUGCUUUUGUCUUCACCAAAAAUAUAUUUGUUCAGUAUCAUCAACUGUCCAUUCUACGUCCCAUAUUCUUUCUGCUGUAAUCUGUAUCAUGCCCACUAGGGGGUGAUGUCGGACAUUUUCCUCUGCACGUGUCAGUAUGUCUGACAUUUUGCAUUGAAAAAAAUAUUUUUAACUGUAAAUAAUUGUGAUCUUUUAACUAACUUGUACAAGGAAUUAAAACAUUGCCUUUUCUUUACACGUGUUGGUUCUGGUAAAACUUAAACACCCAGUCAACUUACAUACAAGCAGC